AUGUCGGAUGUGCAAGCACUUGACGAAAAUCAGCAAAUACCAUAUGAUCAUUUCUAUCUUUCUCAGACAGAGGAGCAUUAUUUGGCCUGGAUGUUAAUUGAUCCUUUGGAUGAUCUUUAUAAUGGUCCAAUUCUGACGUUAGGUCCUAACAGUCCAGAAUUAUUGCAGAAAAAUUUGGCUAACGUGAUUUGCUUAUAA